AUGGAUAACGAUGAAUGUUGCCAAAGGCUUUCUUAUUCUGUUUGUGGUGCUACAGAUAAUAGUAUAGUUGAAAAUUCUGCUUGUGGAAAUAAUAAAACCAUAGAUGAAAACUGUUCUGACGACGAAAGCACAACAUUUUUUUCCAACUAUCUUGGACCAUCAGCAGACGAAACAAUUCUUUCGGGAGUAAAAACUGUUCUUAGAAUGUGCGGUAACAUUUCAUGUGGAGAUUUACAGUGUCAAGAGGAACCAAGAAAAUCAUCAUCAAAUAUUCCAUCAAUUAAACUUGAGGAGGAUACAAGAAAACCUUGUAUCACUUCAACAUCAAGACCUAACAAAACCUUACCAGCCUACUCUGAUAAAAUGGGAAACGACCUUCACCUAGUUAUGAUUUUCAUGCUGGCAUUUAGUUGCAUAACGUCGAGUCUAGCCUUGAGAAACCCACCCAGCGAUUCCAUACUAGACAUCAUUAACAUGAAAGAAGUUCAAAGGAUAAUAGCCGAAAAGAAGGAGAACCAAACCAAAGAAGAAAAUAGGUUUCUGCUGGACAAUGAUUUGAAUGAAAAUUAUAUUCCUCCAGAACCAGAAUACGAGAUACAAAAAGCUGAGGAGCCUCCCAAAACCGAGAACCCCAGGAUAGACAUCGAUGUUUUAUUGAAGAGGAAUAACUUUACUGAGCCCUAUCGUGGCACAGAUUUGCUACAAGACUUGCGUGGUUUUAACGGAAGAAAGGUGUUGAAAUCAAGCAAAAAUGCUGUGUUGGUGACUAAGAAAGAAUACCUACAAAGAGACUGGUGUAAAACAGAACCGCUAGUCCAAAAAAUCAAAGAGAAAGGUUGUCUGACAAGAACCAUGAUUAACAGAUUCUGUUACGGUCAAUGCAACUCAUUUUACAUCCCGAAAAACCCUAAAAGAAGAAACAGACAUCGCCCUGUAGUCGAAGAAAGUGAAGACGAAGAUACCAACGGUCCAGCUUUUAAGUACUGUGGUUUCUGUAAGCCCCAAAAAUACACCUGGGUUACAGUAACCUUAAAAUGCCCGAACAUGGUGCCCCAAUACAGAAAAAAGCGGAUACAAAGAAUCAAACAAUGUUCUUGUUUACCUGGUAACGAUUAAAACCUUAAAAUGUGAUAGUAUUGAAGUAUUUGCUGAAAAUUUAUAUACAUUCUAUUUGCUUGGCCCCUCCUAAGCUGUUGCAUCAUAGAAAACAAAUAGUAAGUAAUUAAUUAAACAUAAAAAUAACCAUCCUUGUUCCACACCUUUGUUGCUUGUGUCAAUUGUUUUUGCAAGCGAUUGAGCUACUGGAUUAUAAUGAUCCGCCAUAAUGGAUUCAUAAAUAUUUAUGAAUGUUCAUUCAUUGUUGUAGUUAUUAACAAUUUUCAGCAAUUACUACUCAUAUUUAAGUUAUUUAGAUUUUACAAAACAACUAAUUCCACUAAUAAUUUUUUUUAUAAACUUUGAUGUAUAUUUUGGUUUAUAGUUGUGCUAAAUUCUUGCCUAUAUGAUAUAUAUUUAUUUAUUUCAACGUAUGCAUUAGUUAUUGUGGCACUUCUUGAUACAAAAGACUGUGUUAGAUAUAUAUAGGUAAUAUAAGCAAUAUUAGUUAGGUAAUUAAAUGUAUGUGAGGUUGUAGAAAGCGCUUUGUUUUGGAAAAAUGACAGCAUACAAUCGAUUAGUUAAUCCAUUGAAAUUGAUAAAAGAUGGGACAGUUUUCCUUUCUCUUGUAACUAUAAAUAAGCAAUAAGGAAUGGCUGUUCUAUAAAUAAUUGAUUUUUAGCGUCUGGUAUCAGUACUG